AUGGCAGGCCGCAGUCGAAGGUGGCUAGGCGGGUCGAGCGCGCACAGAGUGAGGCAGGCGAAGGCGGCCAAGCGGGUCGAGCGCGCGCAGGGUGAGGCCGUUAUUGAGCGCGACCUUCUCCUAUCUCUUCUCCUUCUCUUUCUCUUUCCUUCACAUGACAAUAACAACUCACACGCCGCCAUUAAAGCCAAGCAACAAGCUUUCCUCCAUUGCCUUCAGAGCCAUUUCAUCCCCUCCAAUCUCAUUUUCACUUCAGAAACCCAAAACUACACAACCCUCUUCAUCUCCUCCAUCCAAAAUCCCAGAAUUCUCACUCCCAAUUCAUAUAAACCUCUCCUCAUCAUCACUCCAACACAAGAAUUUCAUGUCCAGUCCACUGUUUCUUGCUCUCAGGAGCUCAAUAUUCCUCCAAAAAUUCGUAGUGGCGGCCAUGAUUAUGAAGGUCUCUCUUCUGCUUCAACAAUCACUCCUUUCUUUAUCGUCAUCGACCUCCGAAAGCUGAGUUCAAUCUCCAUAGAUCAGGCCUCUGAUUCAGCUUGGGUUGAAGCAGGUGCCACUAUUGGUGAACUCUACUACGCCAUUGCCAAGAAGAGCAAAGUCUCUGCUUUUCCUGCUGGAAGCUACUCCACUGUGGGUGUAGGCGGCCAUUUCAGCGGUGGAGGUGUGGGGACUUUGGUGAGAGCUUAUGGCCUUGCCAUUGAUAACAUCAUCGAUGCUCGAAUAGUUACAUCAAAAGGAGAUAUUCUUGACAGAGAAUCCAUGGGAGAAGAUCUCUUCUGGGCUAUAAGAGGAGGAGGAGGAGCUAGUUUUGGUGUCAUUUUAUCAUACAAGAUUCAGCUUGUUCAAGUUCCUCCUAAAGUUACAGUCUUUACUACCACAAGAUCUGUAAGAGAUGGAGCAAUUAAGCUACUCACAAAAUGGCAGCAAAUCGCUCACAAAUUGGAUAAUAGAGCAUUUAUCCAAGUAAAUUUGUUGGUGGUAGAUGAAGUUAUCAUUGAUAAAACAAAUAUGAAGACGAAGAAGACAAUAGAAGUAAUUUUCAACUCCUUGUUCCUUGGUGAGAAGCAAGAGCUGCUUUCUAUAGCAGAAGAGUUCUUCCCAGAAUUAGAAUUGAAAGCUGAAGAUUGCAGAGAAAUGAGUUGGAUUGAAUCACCAUUCAAAGCCAAGUCUGAUUUCUUGACUGAGCCUAUCAAAGAAGAAGCUUGGGAGAAGAUCUUUAGUUGGCUGGUUGAGGAAGAAGAGAGGCCAAUGCUGAAAAUUAGUCCAUUUGGAGGAAGAAUGGAUGAGAUUUCUGAAACAGAAACUCCAUUUCCUCACAGAAAAGGAACUUUAUAUGAUUUGCUGUGUUUACUGGCAUGGAAGGAGGAAGGGAAGGAAGAAGAAGCAAAGAGAUAUAUGAAAUGGAUGAAGAAGUAUUAUGAGUUCAUGAGUCCUUAUGUUUCAGGAGAACCUAGAGGUGCUUAUAUCAAUGGAAGGGAUCUUCAACUUGGAAUUAAUGGUGAAGGGAAUACAAGUUAUGUGAAGGCUAGUGAGUGGGGUUUGAGAUAUUUUAAGGGUAAUUUUAGGAGAUUAGCACAGGUAAAGACUAAGGUUGAUCCAGGUAAUUUAUUCAGAGAUGAGCAAAGCAUCCCUGUGCUUGUUUAA